UGGGCCAGGCAGGAGAGCCGGGUUUAUAGCAGCAGCCGCUGCUGGGUGCUCUGGAGCCAGAGAGUCCCUGGGGCAGCAUGCUGUGUGCCCUGCUCCUCCUGCCCAGCCUCCUGGGGGCCGCCAUGGCCAGCCCCACCUCAGGCCCCCAGGGGUGUGCCAAGGGCUCGGCGGUAUGGUGUCAGGAUCUGCAGGCAGCUGCCAGGUGUGGGGCCGUGGCAUACUGCCAAGGGGCCGUAUGGAACAAGCCCACCAUGAAAUCUCUGCCCUGUGACCUAUGCCAGGACAUAGCAGCCGCCGCAGGCAACGGGCUGAACCCUGACGCCACGGAGUCUGACAAGCUGACUUUGGUGAUGAAGGCAUGUGAGUGGCUUCCCAGCCAGGAGUCUUCAGCCAGAUGCAUUUGGAUGGUGGACACCCACCGUCUAGCCGUCCUGAGCAUGCUCCGCGGGGCCCCGGACAGCGCCCCAGCACAGGUGUGCACCGCGCUCAGCCUCUGUGAGCCGCUGCAGAGGCACCUGGCCACCCGGGGGCUGCUCUCCAAAGAGGACACCUCCAAGGCUAUGGCUCCGUUCAUGGCCGAUGGGCCCCUUAGCUUCCACCCUCCGCAGAUGCCUGAAGGAGCUCUGUGCCAAGACUGUGUACGGCAGGUCUCCCGACUCCAGGAUGCUGUCCGGGCCAACGUGACCUUGGCUGACUUGAACUUGGAGGAGCAGUGUGAGUCCGUGGGGCCUGGCCUGGCUGUCCUCUGCAGGAACUACCUCCACCAGUUUUUUGUCCCUGCUGAGCAAGCACUGAGGCUGCUCCCGCCGAGGGAGGUCUGCGAGAAGGGGGGAUUCUGUGAGGAGCUAGUGGCUCCUGCCCGCUUGACUCAAGUAGUGGCUGUGGACAGGGUCCCCUCGCUGGAACUAGGGUUGCCGAGGAAACAGAGUGAGAUGCACAUGCAGGCCGGCGUGACCUGUGAGGUGUGCAUGAGCGUGGUGCAGAAGCUGGACAGCUGGCUCAUGUCCAACAGCUCUGAGCUCAUGAUCACCCACGCCCUGGAGCGCGUGUGCACAGUAAUGCCCGCCUCCAUCAGGAAGGAGUGUGUCAUCUUGGUGGACACCUACAGCCCCCCUUUGGUGCAGCUUGUGGCCAAAAUCACCCCAGAGAAGGUGUGCAAGUUCAUCCGGCUGUGUGGCAACCAGAGGCGGGCGCGGGCAGUCCAUGAAGCCCAUGUAGUCGUGCCAUCCCCAGAGUGGGACGCAGAGAACCAAGGCAGCUUCUGCAACGGGUGUAAGAGGCUGCUCACGGUGUCCUCCAACAACCUAGAGAGCAAGAGCACCAAGCGCGACAUCCUGAUGGCCUUCAAGGGCGGCUGCAGCCUCCUGCCGCUACCCUACAUGAUCCAGUGCAAGCACUUCGUCACCCAGUACGAGCCCGUGCUCAUUGAGAGUCUCAUGGACAUGAUGGACCCUGUGGCCGUGUGCAAAAAGGUGGGGGCCUGCCACGGCCCCAGGACCCCAAUUCUGGGCACUGACCAGUGUGCCUUGGGCCCGAGCUUCUGGUGCAGGAGCCAGGAGGCUGCCAAGCUGUGCAAUGCCGUGGACCACUGUCAGAAGCACGUAUGGGAAGAGACGCCCCUCCACACCGGGGAACAUGCAUGACCGUGGCCGCCAGAGCCUGCUAGUGAGGCCCAGGAGGCUCCUGUAUCCCACAGGAUCCCCAAGAGGUGGGUGCUUCCCCUGUCCCCAUUUCACAAAUGAGAAACUGAGGCUCCAAGGAGGGAGGCUGAGAAGGAGCAGAGCUGAAGUUCAAAGCCAGGCAUUCCUGACCCCGAAGGCCUCUCUCUUAACUGUGCUGCACGGCUUUGCCUGCGAAAGCAUCUUUACUAGACUGGAACAAACUCGUGUGACCCGCUUCCCCACGUAGCCAAGGCUGCCCCUUCAUCUCCAAGGCUGUGAUAUUGCUGAUGGUCCCGUGAGAAUCUGGCCAUAGCUUUGGGGCCCCUUUACCUUCUGCUGGAUGGACGCCUGUCUGUGAGCACGGCUGCGGUCAUGGCUGGGUGAGCAGAGGCAGGGACAGAUGGAGGCGUGGAGGUCCAGUCACUACUGGGGCUGUUACCUCUUAACAACAGCUGGGGGUGGGAGUCUGGGUCUCACUCAGGCCAGAAAUUCUCAACCUGGAGUCCCUGGGGGUAGCUUCCAAGGGUGUGUGCAAGAGGCGCGUGUCUCUGUACAUUACUGGGGACAGGUAUGGGGCUUUGGCCACAUUCUCCACAGGCUGCUGGGCUUCAGAGCAGUCCCCCUCCCCCACCAUGUCUUAGCUGCCGCAGGGUCCCUCUCUCUCCUUGUAGCCCAGACCCUCAGCUGCCCUGGCAAUGAAAAGAAGGAAAGUCUUGGGGUGUGCUCAAAAUCAGGAGAGCAAAACGUGCCAGGCAGAAGCCCCCAGGAAAAGCCGGAGGAGCCUGGGGUGGCCACGGGGGUGUGAAGAGCAAGGGCAAAGACAAGACAGUGAGCACGGCCCUCCAGCUGUCCGAGCCUCAGUUUUCUAAUCUGUACAAUGGGGAUGAUCAUACCUGCCUUGUGAGGAUGUUGAUACAAUUCACACAAGUCCUAGAGCCCCUUCCCCUGAAGAGUCUGCUAGGACCAGAAAGCCCAUCUUAGGGGCCCAGAAGGGCACCCAGGAGAGUCUGGCUAUGCAAGUGCUGUGUAAACCACCGGCGUUCUCCAAA